AUGAACUCGUUCAACACCAUCAGGCAUUCUCCAAUUGGCUCCCGAGAGCGCAAUCCACCUCCUGCCAACUACGGCGACGACGUUCCCGGCAGUCCAAGAAGGCCCAAUUUUCCUCUACGAGAUGGUGGAGAAGACGACAUUACCUCGUAUCAAGCACGACAAGGACCAGCACUCCCUCUUCGAAUCUCUUUCUGCGCUUGUGUGCAGCGCCUUGGAGCCAUGAAGAUGGCGCAGUCGUCGCCGGCGUUCUCGUCGUCUUUCGGUCUGCGCACGCUCGCCAACGCGACUGCUGCGUCGCUCGGCAUCGACAAGUUCGGCGUGACGAACGCCAAGACGCAGGUGCACCGCAACCUGAACUACGACAAGAUCGCCGUCCACGAGGAGAAGAACGGCGAGCGUUACAAGAACAUUUGGUGGGGUGACAUCAACCAGCCCGUGAGCCCCGAGGUGUUUGACGAGCUGUACAAGACCCACCACUUUGUGACCAACAUGUUCUUGCGUCCUCAGACCAAGGAGGAGAUUACGGACUUCAAGCCGGACUUUACCAUUGUGAACGCCUGCAAGGUGACGAACAAGAACUACAAGAAGCACGGCCUCAACUCGGAGGUGUUUGUGGCCUUCAACAUCGAGAAGGACAUGGCUGUGAUCGGUGGCACGUGGUACGGCGGAGAGAUGAAGAAGCGCAUCUUCUUCAUGAUGAACUACUGGCUGCCGCUCGACGGCAUCAUGGCCAUGCACUGCUCGAUCAACAAGGGAAAGAACGGCGACACGGCUCUGUUCUUCGGUCCCGGCACAGGCACCUCACAUAAAGUUCAUAUCCUCAUUGGAUGUCAAUCGCUUUUCUAA